AUGAAGCAGUAUUUAAAAGGAAAACCUAACCCAGAAGGUUUGAAGAAUUUUGUCAUGGCAAACACUAAUUGCAUACCCCUUGAUUUCUGUAUGUAUGAAGGAAAAGGGAAAGAAAUUCAGUCUGAAAAAGUGCCCCCUCCAGAGAAGUUAGAUGUAGGAGGCAGAGUAGUUUUGAAACCUAGUGAUACAUUGACAGAGAAGUCAUCAAUUUAUGUUGACAGACAUUUUACUUCUGUUUCCCUCCUGGACAAGUUACUGAGAGACAGGAACAUUACUGCCACUGGCACAAUAAUGCAGAGUCGCAUUCCCAGAAGUACACGGUUUGAGGAAGAUGCAACAAUGAGAAAAACAAGAGGCAGCCAUGUUCAGGUGGUAAGGAAUGACGGGAACCUAGCAAUUAUCAAAUGGCUUGACAACCGAGCGAUUUAUUUGGCUUCAACAGAGUCAGGUGUUGAGCCAAUUGAAAAAUGCACUCGGUCGUCUAAAAAAGAGAAAAAGUACAUUGAAGUUCCUCGCCCAUGUGUUGUAAAGGCAUACAAUACUUACAUGGGAGGUGUUGACCUGUUAGAUAGGAUGGUGGGAAAGUAUGGCAUGAGAGCCCGGACCCACAAAUGGACCAUCGGAGUGAUUCAUCACUUUAUUGAUUUGGCAAUUGCUGCUGCGUGGUUGGAAUACAGAGAGACUGCAAUGCAGAAUGGUAUUGCAAAGAAACAGAGUGCCAUACUAUCAGUUCAAGCUUGA